AUGUCAGUUAAAAAGCCUGAGAUCAAGAGUAAGCGUGAUGACUUUCCAAGUACCAAGACACGAAGUGGAAAAUUAUUGGAAGAUCUUGACGAUGAUGUAUUGAGGGUAAAUAAACUUAAAAAGGAGUUCAAGAAGAACCACUCGCUAAAGGAUUCAAAUAAUGAAGAUGACGACCAAUCUUGGCAAGAGCAAUCAGAAUACUUCAAAAACAUUGACACAAAAUCAUUUAGACAAUAUGACCUUGCUUGUUCUCGGGUGAAAGACUUUUACGAGGAACAACACGAAAAGCAAACAGUCGCCUAUAACAUUCAGGCCCGUAUCAACUUCAAAACGAAAGUAAGAGCGAAGAUGACAGUUUGGGAGGGUUUAGAAAGACUCAAUAAGCUCCUCGACGAAAGUGAUCCAGACACUGAACUUACACAAAUCGAUCAUGCGCUCCAGACCGCUGAAGCUAUAAGAAAGGACGGAAGGCCAAGGUGGAUGCAGUUAGUUGGUUUGAUUCAUGACUUGGGCAAGCUCUUAUACUUCUUCGAUUCUAAAGGACAGUGGGAUGUUGUUGGGGACACAUUUCCCGUGGGAUGCAAGUUUCUGAAAAAAAUCAUAUAUCCUGACAGCUUUUCCAAGAAUCCCGACUUUUUCAAUCCUCUUUACAAUACGAAGUAUGGGAUCUACUCAAAAAACUGUGGCCUUGACUCAGUUAUGCUUUCGUGGGGCCAUGAUGAAUACAUGUAUCAUAUUGCCAAAGCUAAUUCGACUUUACCCAAAGAAGGGCUUGCGAUGAUUCGCUAUCAUUCGUUUUAUCCCUGGCAUCAAGAUGGAGCCUACAGCUACUUGAUGGAUGAUCAUGAUAAGGAGAUGAGAGAAGCGGUGAGAGCUUUUAACAAGUAUGACCUUUACUCAAAAAAUGAUGAACAGUAUGACGUUGAGGAGUUGAAAAAAUACUACAUUGAUCUUAUUGACGAAUUUUUCCCGGAGAAAAUAAUUGAGUUUUGA